AUGCGGAACACUACUCAAGAAUUACAGCAAAUGAUGACUUGGGUGAUGACAGAGUUGCUGCCAAUGCAUAACCGCACCACAGACACGUUAACUGGGGCUGUCAUCUCCAAGUUUCUGUUAGGGAAAGGUUUUACAUUGGGCCGAAGCGCAAUUUCGCAAAUGAAAUUGGACAUUGAGGAUCAUCUCCGGGGUGACAUUACCGAGAGCUACCAGAAACUGCAAGCCUACUUUGUACUUAUGGAGGAAAAAAUCCUGGAUCUGUGUGGAGACUCGAUAAGGAAGACGACGGAUAUUCUUAUGAACCAUAAUUAA